GAUGCGGGCAGACUGCUGUACCUGGGGCAGAACGAGUGGGCCCACGUUAACUGCUGCCUGUGGUCUGCUGAGGUGUACGAAGACAACGGAGCUCUGCUCCAAGUACACAGUGCUGUCUCCAGGGGGCGCUACAUGGUAGGAAUGCAUAGAACUUCACCAUAGUUGCAUCUCAAAUGGCACCCUGUUCACUAUAAACUGCACUACUUUCGACCAGGGUCCUAUAUAGUGCACUAUUUUUGACCAGGGCCCAUAGUGAACAAUGUAGGAAAUAGGGUGACAUUUGGGACACCUCCCACAUACCAAAGCUGCAGUACAUCCUUACCCAAUAGGCUUUGUAUUCAGGCAUAAGUGUGCAGUUGCCCGUUUGUAACAUUGUCAUAAGAUAACAUCAACUUUAUUGUUCCAAUAAGAGAAUUUGCAAGUCAGCGUUUUUAUCAUUCUCUGUUUUCUUUCCUCUCCUUCCACUCGUUCCACCUUUCUUCCCUACAGCGCUGUGAGCGUUGUGGCCAGGCGGGGGCGACGGUGGGCUGCUGUCUCUCGUCUUGCCAGAGUAACUACCACUUCAUGUGCGCCCGCGCCCGCAACUGUGUCUUCCAGGAGGACAGGAAGGUCUUCUGCUCCAGGCACCGCGACCUUGUCAGUGAGAAGGUGAACCUUUAUAUAUGGGCUAAUGAGGCACACACACACAGAGAGAGAAACAAACAUAUAGUUAUCUUUCCAACCGUGAGCACCACCACUUUCACUGUGGUCAGCAGCAUUCAAACUUAUUGUGUAGCAUUAGGGCAUAUGUUAUGUCUCAGGACACAAACACCUACGUCUCAGGAUUUACGCUCCCUUUUCCCCUCCUCUCCAGAUGGUGUCUGGGAAUGGGUUUGAUGUUCUCCGGCGGGUCUACGUGGACUUCGAAGGGAUCAGCCUCCGUAGGAAGUUUCUGACUGGCCUGGAGCCAGAGUCUAUAAAUAUGACCAUCGGUGAGUAUGGUACAUCCCCAAUGGCACCCUAUUCCCUAUGGAGUGCACUAGUUUUAACCCUUUACACUUGUGGGAAUUGGCCUAUAUGGAUAGGGUUAAAAAUAAAUAUUUUUUACUGAAGAAAUAUGGAAAUGCAUUACCAUGGUAGCAAUUAAAAGGGAACAGUUUGGAUAUUAUGGGGAAAUUAUUAGACUAAAGGUGAGGACACAGCAGUUCACCAAACAUUACACUGUUGAUUUUAUGUGCAUUUUACAUUUACUGUACUUUUCGCUGCAUUUGUUGAUAACGAAAUCUGAAAAUACUAUGGAUACAUUCAGUAACUUAAUAAGAAUAUUAUUGAAAAAUGUGGGGUAGAUUCAACUAGGGGUGGGCGAUAUGAACAAAAAUUCAUUUCACGAUAUUUUCCACUGUCCGGAAGAUAACGAUAUAUCACGAUAUACUGUAAAACAUUUUUUUUUACAUUUUAUGAGCCCUUCAAAGUUAAUAAAUUACUAAAUAUUGCUUUUAACCUUAUAGAAACAGAAAGGGGGCAUUGCACAUUUAAAAAAGUAUUAUUUGUUUUACUUCUGUGGUAAACCUGUGCAAACAUGAAACAUAAACAAAGGUAUAUGAGUUAAAUAAAUAUGCAGUAACAUUUUAUGAACAAAUAUUUAAAGUACUCAGGAUGUAAACCUUUCCCUGCCAAUUAUAAGAAGUGCAGCCUUUUUUCAUAUAACACUGGUCAUUAUAAAUUCAAGUUGUAAACCUUUUCAAAUUAACUUCAAGCAUUAACCAGACAGUCUGUAUGUUUCUCAGUUCAGCAUGUAACAAUUCACUGCCUCCAUCUUCACAAGUUCCUUGCCAGGAACACCAGCCUAUUGACAGUUUCUGGCUUCAAAGUUGCCCUGUGACAUGUGACCACAUUGCCCCCAGUGCUAAAUGCUCUCUCAGAGGGCGCAUUGUGGCAGGGAUGCAUAAGUAUUUAUUUGUCAGACAACUAAAUUGUGGGAAGUUGGAUGCGUGAACUUGCCACCACUCCAAAGGAUCAGCCUCAGUGUCUGCUGCCAUCAUCAGAGUGUAGCUGUCCAGCCAUUGCUUGAUGACCUGUCUCUGGGUUCUUAACGCAGGUACACUACUGGUUUUCUUAAAGAAGCUCGCAAGGCUCUUCUUGGACUUCUUUGCUGAUUGUGGAGCAGUGGUAGCUUCUUUCUCUCUCUCACUCUGGUCCUCUUCAAAAGAGACGUCUCCCACGGCUGUGUUCCCUACCAGGAGGGCUUCUGUCUCGGAGGCAGCUCUCACCUUCACCUCCACCAGCUUCUCAGUGGUCAUGUAGGUGGUCUUGAACCUUGGAUACAGAAAGGUAGCCAUGGUGAGCAGCUCAUCUGUUUCAGGGUCGGUGUAUUCGUCAUUCAGUUAAUUGAGGACCCUCAUCUUAAUCUCUCCGGUCAGUUUGGCUUCGCCCUCAUUUGAUUUGAGAACCUCCGUCUUGAACAAAUGGAGGACCGGCUUCAGAUAGGACACACUCACGUAUGUCUCUCCUGACAGGGCAUCUGUGAAAUCCUGGAGGGGCUUAAGUGCUGCCGUGAUAGAUUCAAAGACCUCAAUGUCUUGCCAGGAGGGUGCAAGGUCACGUGUUAUUUUGCCUGCUGCCAGGACUUGUGUGAUGGCCUUUUCCUGCUCCAGGACUCUUUCCAUCAUCUGCAGUCAAGAUCCCCACCUUGUCAGGGAUUCCGUGAUGAGCUUGUGGAGGGCCAGGCUCAGUUUAUCCUGUGCACUUGUCAGGGCCUUCUGCUUCUUCCAACUAUAGGAAAAUGUGCUGACCACUUUCUUGCACACUCCUGUGGCCCAGGAAACCCGAGGUUUGUUUUGGACACUCCUCUCUGCAAAAUAAAAAGGUGAAAAAUAAUGACAUAUGAAUCACAAUUAUUCAAUAGAAAUAACAUAGCAUCUGCUGUAAUUACAACAAUUUACAGCAUGGACACUGGACAUGAUUACACAUUUAAUCCAUCUAUAGAUUUACAAACAACUGUUGUGAUUAAGAGAGCUAUGUUGCUUUAGAAAACGGGAUCAUUUAUUGAGUAGGCUAUUUAUUAUUUAAAGAGAGGAUAGAUUCAUAUAUUGAAACCAUAGGCUAAUGUAUCAAUUAUAAAUAAAAGCACUGUAAUCCAUGUAAUGUUUGGAUAUUGCACACAUUUACAAAUUACAAAUAUUCUAGAUUUGCAUAGCUGUAUAUAUCCGGCUUAACGUAUAAGAAGGAUCAGGCAGUGUAGUCAGCUCUAACUUUAAACAGAGGAGAUAAGGAAUACAAUAGUUAUUCUGCAUUUUAUGUUUUUUUAAAAGUUACAUUAUUUUUCUACCUAGCUCUAUGUGUUUUGGACAUUGAAACUUACCAAUAGCAAUGUGUAGCCUGUGUCCGAAACACCCUAGUCUUGUCCAUUUGUUCAGCUCCAAUGCUUUGACCAUGUUCGAUCCGCUGUCGGUAGUCAUACAUACUUGACGUGACUCUUUCAAGCCCCAGCAUGAAAGUGCCUCCCUCAGCCCAGCUGCAAUUAUUUCUCAGGUGUGGUCAUCUGGGAAAUAAGAGGUCUGAAGGCAUUUGCUUUGCAGCUUCCAGUUGUCGUCAAUGUAAUGAAUCGUGAGGCUAAUGUAUGGCUCUGUGGUCCGGCUUGACCAUAAAUCUGCAGUGGUAGAGAAUAAUUCAGCGUUACAGAUUUCGUUGGCAACUCUGUCCCGACAUUCUGUAUAGAGUUCUGGCAGACAUGUUUUGCUGAAGUAUUUGCGGCUCGGGAUCUCGUAUCUUGGGUCUAGACCUCAAAUCAACUUUCUGAAACAGUCUUUCUUCACAGUUUGAAUUGGUUCCAUGUCUUUCGCUAUGUGAUACGUAAUUGCACUCGUUAUCGCAUUCCACUUCUUGCUCUUCUUGUCGUAGAGAGUACCACUAACGAAUGACGCCUUGGGCACCGAGUGGCGCAGUGGUCUAAGGAACUGCAUCGCAGUGCUAGCUGUGCCACUAGAGAUCCUGGUUCGAAUCCAGGCUCUGUCGUAGCCGGCCGCGACCGGGAGACCCAUGGGGCGGCGCACAAUUGGCCCAGCGUUGUCCAGGGUAGGGGAGGGAAUGGCCGGCAGGGAUGUAGCUCAGUUGGUAGAGCAUGGCGUUUGCAACGCCAAGGUUGUGGGUUCGAUUCCCACGGGGGGCCAGUAUGAAAAAUAAAAAAGAAUGUAUGCACUCACAAACUGUAAGUCGCUCUGGAUAAGAGCGUCUGCUAAAUGACUAAAAUGUAAAUGUAAUGAGUGACAGCUGAGUGCGGGUCUGGCUUGAAGAUGUCUUGUGACUUGCUCUGCUGCUCCGGGUGUUUGUUGCACGCAUUCUGGUAGAUUCUUCAUAUUCGCGAACAUGCAGGAUUUUCAGGUGGUGAAAAAGAUUGCUGGUGUUUCGACCUUUUGGCUAGCACAAAGCGUCUACACAACGUACACAGUACUGUGUGUUGGCCGAGGUCGGAUAUCUUAAAGCCAAACCAGUUCCAAACGACAGAGGAGGCCCCCUUUUUUCCAACCAAUUCUUCGUCAUCUUGCAAAUCAACCUCAAUAUCGUUAUUUUCGGACACUUUUGCUAACGAAAGGAGUUUACUUCACUAAAUGUUCGCUUACUCUGCAGUUGCGCUUGUUUGUUGACUCUGAUUGGCAGGCAGAUUGCGUGUAACGUCCAUGCUUCUAGCUUUUUUCUUUGCUAAAAAAGGCUGUUUCUAGUAAAAUAAACCAUUUGAACUAGCCCACUAGGCUGUAUCACUCAACAGAAUUUUUGAACGAAACAAAAACGCCUUAUUUCAUGCAUUAAUUUAUCAUGAUAUGCACGAUAUGGCAAAAUCCAUAUCAUGGCACAACGUCAUACUGGUAUUCACAUUCAUACCGGUAUACCGCCCAUCCCUAGAUUCAACAUAAGACCCCAAAAAAAUGCAAAGGGUUUGAGUGAGAGGUCAAACUGGUGUCUCCAAGUGGCCACACCUCUCCAAAGUGUACACAGUUCCUUAGUAAAUUCAAGGCACUUUUAUGACUCAAAGAAGAGUCUUCAACUAUAAGGUGCUUUUUUGAGCUCUCCUAGCUAUGCCUUUUGAGGAACUAGAGCAAGCACACUUGUAGUUGUUUUGUUUGGAACACAGCCCUGCAUUCCCGCCAUCACACAAUUACUGUUUAUGCAAUCCAAAAACGGUCCAUUAUAAAUUGUAAUCUGGGUCAGGUGGGCAUCAUAUAAAAGCUUGUUCUAUUACGAACAUGACAUGCUAGAUCUUAGUGUUAGGCUUUCACAAGGCAAUUCAGAGAAGCAGAUCGUAACUUUUGUGUGCAUAGAAAGGAGUCAUGAGUGCAUUCAGAUGCAUGGUCCGUGGCAAAUGUUCUUCACAAUACAACAAACAGGCUCAUUCUGUUAAGGACAACCCAGGGCAUGAAGCCAUGUCAUCUUGUAACUGUACAUCAAACAUAGUGAUCGUAAACGUUGACACUGUAUAUGACAUGAGUUUUAUAUGGAAAUGUGAAGAGCACAUUUGGACUUGCUUGUAUGACAUAAAACUGGUAUUUAUUAUAAUCCUCUACGUCUCAUCAUUCAAAAUACAAAGUCCUCUUAAUUUACAGCAGUUCUCUCACUCAAACAAAAAAACAUUUGCAAAACCUCUCGUCGCGCGCAGUGCUCAAAUUCAGAACGGCUGUCAGUCAAAACCCAUACAGAGCUGUGAAGCGGAGACCCUGAGCUCUGACGUCAUGUAUAGCAUGUUACUGUACAGCCACUGCGUUCCAAUUUAGGAACAUAUCACUGUCCAAAUCUACCAUUUUUAACCUGUAUACGGGUACGAGUGUAAAGGAUUAAUGAGCCCCGGGCUCUGGUCAAAAGUAGUGCACUACAUUGGGGAAUAGGGUGCCAUUUGUGACAAUGUCAAUGCGCUCCCUGCUUUUGAUUUGGAUGGUGUGACCCAUAUGCUUUAAAAGUAUUGCCAGUAAGGGAUUUAAUUUAUAUUACCGCCAACCAUCAUUCCCCUUUUUAUUUGUGAAACCCUUUGAAACCAUCCAUCUGUUUCCUUCUAUAUCCAGGCUCUCUGCAGAUCAACAGGCUGGGUGUGCUGACUGAACUAUCAGCCAAUGGAGCGAGGUUGUGUCCUGUGGGCUAUCAGUAAGUGACCAAUAAUCCACGUGACUAGACAUCGACAGCAUCCAUUUUGAUUCCUGUUGUUUUGAAUAGUCAAUUUGUGAAUAAUGUAAUCAGGGUUGUCAUUGUCUUGUUUAAUAUACUGUUAAUAUAAGAUUUAUGAGAAUGGUAAUAUAAAACUCCUGAGUUACUUUGUUGGAUAACUUCCCUCGAGUUCAUUUUAAAAUAUUGGGUUGUUUUAUAUAUUUUACUUUACUCACCUUUUCCCUCUUCUCCUUCCCUUCCCUCCCUCCCUUCCUCCGUUCAGGUGCUCUCGGCUGUACUGGAGCACAGUGGACCCUCGGCGGCGCUGUAAGUACACCUGUAAGGUGACAGAGGUGUGUUCUCCACUCCCAGAGAAGCCAGGGGAACCACUGUGGUGGGACCAGGAGGAGAACCAAACCAUAGCCCACAGCCCCAGCUACUACAAAGGUCAGCAAACCCAUACACCUAACCUGCCCCUAUCUUGGAGUAGGAUGGAGCACUUCAAUGGAUAACCUUGAUGUCCCAUAUUUUAUAUUUCUUUAUUUUCUAUUGAAAUAAAUGGAUAAGUAUAACAACUUAAGUACAUGAGGAUCGUUCAAUAUUUCCUAUUCAAAGGGGACAAUCUACUAAUUCUCAAAGUGGACUCUUCAAAGUUAAUAAUGCUCCUUUUUUGUUCCUUGACCAGAAAUGGAGAUUACAGAGGCUGUGAUGAGUCCUCCGCCCAUUGAUGUAUCUCCCAGCACCACCUCGUCUCCCCUGAAACAGGAGCCUGGGGCCAAAACCCCAGGUUAUUCACAAACCAGGAGACCAGCAGGAGGAACAUCUCGACCUCUUCCCUCCCCAGGUAACACUGCUCCCUUAGACAUUAAGUUUGAUAUCAAUGCCAGUUCAUAUCAGUUUAAUAUCUAGGUCAGUUAACAGCUAAAUAUCUCUGCUUUAUUGAGGAAAGUUUUUAUUUAAUAUGUUGUCUUACCUAGCUACCUUAAAUUGAAUGCACUGACUGUAAGUCGCUUAGGAUAAGAGUUUGCUAAAUGACCUCAAUGUAUAAUGUUAAUAUCACUCUUCCACCAUGACACUGACUGGUGAUCCUCUUCUCUCUAGGGAGUGCCAUGUCCAAAUCCCACCACAUCUUGACUCUCAGAGACCUGGACGAUACCCGCCGGCCGCGUCGCCUGUCUCUGAGCUGCCACUCAGGGGACUCCUCCUCCCCCACCGACAGCCUCGCGGGACCAAUGACGCUCCGUUCAGGGGGCACCCUCCACCCCAGGUCCCUCCCCUUCAGCUCCCCUCCCAGAACCAGCGAAAACCUCCUGAGUUCCCAUCGGCGAGUACGACCUUGUGCUGGCUCCUCCAGCUGGGGCUCCCCUCCCUUGUCCCUCUCCAGUCUUACCUCUCCUCUCUCCCUGCGGCCUGGCGCCGCCGGCAGCCCUCCCUCCAACCUCCCUUUGGCCUUCCGCCACUCCUCCAGGAUCAGACAGCCAUUCAAAAUCAAAACUCCAGUGUCUGCUGAGGUGCCACAAUACUUUUUAGCUUCAUCCGAGCCAGAGAAAGCAGUGGAGGCGCCCUCAAACGGAAUCACAUUGACAGCAAAUAACAUGGAGGAAGACACAGACGUCAGCCCCCUGAUGUCGGAUCAGGACUUGCCCUUCACAACAUUUGAUGUGGCUGACGCAGACGUGGCGGUGGCCUCGGUGCUAAAUGCCAAGCUGGAGUUUGACGAGGCCUUGCUGAACGAGAAUGUGGCGCUUCACUGUGGAGGGUCCCAGACAGGUGGAGGAGAUAUGGAAGAGGAGGCACUAGAGGAGGAGACCCAGAGCCAGACUCAGGGUAGGGACAACAUGGAUGCCAACAACAAGGCCCCAGUAUUAAUUAAAGCCAUGGCCUCUAAAGAUGAUCUGGAGAAUGGUUCCUCAGACGAAGACAUGGAUCACUACUUGAAGUUCUCUCGUACGGUGGUGGUGUGUGAAGCCUCCAAGGACUCAGGGCAGGCAGGUCUCCCUCUCCCCCCACCACCACCUACGUCUCAGUCCAUCGCACAGCUUGAUGGAGCAGAUAACGGCUCUGAGAGUGACUCGAGUGAGGCUACCGGCGAUCAGGAAGAAACUCACGAAGAGGGGAAGAGUGGGGAAGCUCAGGGGGCUGACAGUCAACAAGUGUUUGAAACCUGUGACCCAAAUAAUGACAUGUCUAUUGAAGAGGAGGUUCUGGUGGACUCUGACCAAACUGAAUCCCAGAAUGAGGUUCUUCUGGACCCCAGUAGUGGCCAUUUUGUUUCGGCUGACGACGGCACCAGAGUGUACCUGGCUAAUAAUAAAAAAGCAGCUCUUGAUGACAGCGAUAGUGACAGCUCUGGCUCCUCUACAGAUUCUCUCGUUGGAGUGGAUGACGAGAUGGGAGACCCAGACUUCGAGCCGGAACCCAAACCAAACCAAAAAUCACCUCCUGUAAAAACCAUCAAAGUCAUGCAACGCCCUAGUCCUGUGAGCAUGAAAACUAUUCAACCUAAACCCACACCAACGCAGAAGAAAGUCAUCAGGGUGACCCUACCCUCUGGACCUGCUCUGCCUCUGAAUGUAGCCUCCUCUUCCCCACCCAUCGCUGUUCGAACCGUUCCAAGGACAGUCCCCUCCACCACCUUCCCGACCCAGUUUGUAAUAAACGGCAUGAACUCUAUACCCUUACAGACAGGUGCCACUAGGGGCAGAGCUAUCGCUAUCCGCCUGGCCACCCCUAGACAAGAAGCUCAGCAGCAGCUGACGGCCACUAUUCUGUCUGGUGCCUCCAACUCAGCCCCGUCCCCUCAGGUUCUGCUAGUCAACCGUCAAGGUCAGAUUCUGAUGAAAGAUCCAAAUACCAACACCUUCCAGACGGUCAGCACCAGCUCCCCUUCCUACAGCCGCAUCAGCCAGAUCGCCAAGAUGAUCCACAGCAGUGGUGCCCUGCCGCGCGCAGUUCCACAGGUGGUGGUCGUACCCUCUACGUCAACACCCUCACCACGGACAGCCGUCUUCCAUAGUUCACAUCUCAUCACCAGUAACAGAAACAACACCACCACACCAACCACCAUCUCUAACAGAAAUAACACCACACCAGCAAGCAACACCAAUCUCCUGAUCAGGGCCCCACAGAGUUUGCAUGAUGGGCGAGUGCUGGUCCAAGCCAUGCCCGUGACGAGUGAACCAGUGAGGGUCAAGUGCGUCUCUGUGCCCGGCAACCAGGCCCAAGCUAUUUUAGACAGAGCCAUGGCUACUCAUCGCGAGCCCACUCGGAUACGGCCUAAUAUCCUCAGGGUGAGCCCGUCCCACCUGAGCCCAUCCCAGUUCCAGGUCCAGCCCUUCUUCAACAAGCUCCAGUCCCCUGUAGCCAUCUCAGCCGCUCAUGGACAGAUGCUCCGCCACGAGCCAGCCACUGUACCCGAGUCCCACUCCCAGUCCCAGGUCCGCGUCAAGAGAGUGUCCUCCGUCGCUGAGCGUCCCGGCAAGAAGAAAUGCAAGACUGAUUUCCUGCCGCAGUCGCCCUCUUGUGACCUGGAUGACCUAGAUGGCAGCAGGUAAGGCAGAGUACCAUAUGUACAAUAUGAGAUGUAUUAUUUUACUUUUAAUCUUGUAACCCUGACUGCACUACACAUUUUCCAAUUGGGACAACGAAGAUAUUGAUUGAUAGAUUUUUACAGACUAAAAGCCACUGUUGUUUUCCUCACACAGAAAUAGUGGCGUUCGUAUCAAAGCCCCAACAAUGAAAGAUGUGCUGGAUCUGGACCAGGAGAAAGUUGAGCUCAAGGUCAUCUCACCACCAGAACCUGAGAAGAUCAGGUUAGUUUCUUCUCAAACACGACCAUAGCAAGAUGGAUGCCACAAAUACACACUGCAAGGUUAAUUUUAAAUCCCAAAAAUAAUUGUAUGAUGCAUAGGUCUUAGUGGUUAUGGUGAAGAAAAAGAACAACACCCAGGCUAAUCCAUUCCCUCAAUAUAAUAUUUCCCCCCUGAAUAUAAAAAGCCGCUCCCUCAAUUCUAUUAAUCCAUUCCCUUAAUUUAUUAAUUUUUUCCCUUGGUUCUCCCCUGCAGAUUCGAGCAGAUGUCCUUAUCAUGGAUUGAUCAGAGUUAAUUGAAUUCUUCUUCAAUCUGGGCUUGAAAUAAAUAAAAUCAAAGUGUAUUAGUCGCGUACACAGAUUUGCAGAUGUAAUAGCAAGUGCAGCGAAAUACUUGUUUCAAAGAUUUUUUGUUGUUUGAAUAUGUUGUUGAUAACCUCACUCUUACUGACUUUUUACUCCCCUUUCAGAACCAUGGCUGACUUUAUAAAUGAUCGUUCAAAUGAUAAGCUACUCCUGACUCCUUGAGGAUUUGUGUAGCCUAUCUCUAGGCUUAUAAGAAUGGCAUUCACCUUAUGUAGGCCUACCACAGUCCCAUUCCCACUUGGCCGAUAACAUAAUUGCAGCCUAAAUGUAAUUCUAUUUAGUUAAUUACAUGCUUCACAUGGUGAUGAUCGCUGACCAUUCAACAGCUUAUUUCCAGUUUCAAUGUUUUCAUAUGCAUACGAAUCAUAAGGGCAAAUAAUAGCAUGCAAAACCCCUUAAUUAGGCAAAGUAAUUUCAAUAGCCUGAAAAAUGAGGAGCCUCGCUAGCAGUCAUAACUGAAUGAUGCAAACCAAAUACACUUUGUGCAAACUCAGAUUCAUGCCACUUGGACAACAUGAACAUUGUCCAUUUUGCGCGCCUCUCAUCCCUGCGACCCAGUGUUUUACCGGCCUCAUGCAUAUAGUUAGGGCUAUACGUCCAGUAAAACAUGGCACCAGCCAAGCGCUUGGAUGUGUUUAUGAUUGUUAACAAUUGUGCAUGUGAAUCAUCAAAGGCAGAAGGGAAAGUCAUGUGAAUUUAUUGUGCAUAAUUUCCAAGAGGCUUCGGUGUUAACAGGUGCAAUGAUGUGCUCUCAUCCCUGCACUAGGCAGGAAUUCCGUCUGGAUCUGCUCUAUGAUAUUAGCUGUUCUAUAGUCUGUCUAUACUCCGGCAGAGUUCGUUAGCUACCUAUCCUAGCUUGACAAUUGGCUAAUAUCCAGGUGAACGUACUGUCAUCGCAACAAAGCAAAUAGCUAUCAGUUUUAGUUAUGAACGUAGAUGGUUUAAAGCGGCUCUGGCUCUAUCUGUGCCUGGUUGGCUAAGUCGCUAUACAGCUAUAGCGAGCAAGAUGCCUAGCUACCAACUAAAUUAGUCACGCACGCACACAUGCAAACACACACACAGCAGCAAGUUUCUGGAUUUCUGGGAAAGGGGUGCAGAGUGCGACAGAAUGCCGAUUCAGAGGACAAUUACAUGAUUGAGCGAACAAAUUCAUAAAUUAAGGGAAUGUCUUAAUAAAAUUGAGGGAAUUACUUUUUAUAUUAAGGGAACUAAAUGAAAAAAUGAGGGAACGGAUUAGCCUAGCUGAUCUUUUUGUCUCCACCAUGACCCAUAAGCGUACAUAGGUGCUCUUUUAUUAAUACAGUCAGUCCACCAUCACAUUUCUUUUUUGGAACGAUUUAACCCAGAUGAGCACCCCUUUCCAUAGAAGCUUUCAGUAGCACAGCAAUAUCUAAACUCUAUUACAGCUUAGUUUUAAUUAAUUAAUAUAACACCAUGUCUGUGUUCUGUCCUAUAGACCACCUCCCAUACCUCAGAUGGAUCGUCCACCCAGCAGCAGCACCACUCAGAGUAGCAGCAACAUCCAUGGGAAAACCCACGUGUGGGUCAGUGCGCGCCAUGGAGAUCUCUCUGACUGGGGUCCCUACUCAGGUGGGCAAUCCUCUUUUUUUUAUUCAACCAAAACCCAUAUUUGAAGUCUGUUGUUAUGAAUGAUAUUUAUAAUUUCUGAUUAAAAAAAAUCUGACUUAACCUUCCUAUUCUUAACACACUUCAAACCGCUCAGGUUUUAGCUCAGACGACGACAUGUCGCCACCUAAACAGGACAAGACAAGGUUCGCCCACAGGAACCAGCCCCACCUGCGCUUUGAGAUCACCAGCGAUGAUGGCUUCCAUGUACAGGCAGACAGCAUAGAGGGUAAGAAUCUCAGCCUAACUACAGAAACAGUAGUUGUAGAUACAGUGGCUUGCGGAAGUAUUCAACCCCCUUGGCAUCUUUCCUAUUUUGUUGCCUUAGAACCUGGAAUUAAAAUGGAUUUUGGGGGGGGUUGUAUCAUCUGAUUUACACAGCAUGCCUACCACUUUGAAGAUGCACAAUUUUAUUUGUGAAACAAACAACAAAUAAGACAAAAAAACUGAACUUGAGCUUGCAUAACUAUUCACCCCCCCAAAGUCAAUACUUUGUAGAGCCAUCUUUUGUAGCAAUUACAGCUGCAAGUCUCUUGGGGUAUGUCUCUAUAAGCUUGGCACAUGUAGCCACUGGGAUUUUUGCCCAUUCUUCAAGGCAAAACUGCUCCAGCUCCUUCAAAGUUGGAUGGGUUCCGCUGGUGUAAAGCAAUCUUUAAGUCAUACCACAGAUUCUCAAUUGGAUUGAGGUCUGGGCUUUGACUAGGCCAUUCCAAGACAUUUAAAUGUUUCCCCUUAAACCGCUCGAGUGUUGCUUUAGCAGUAUGCUUAGGGUCAUUGUCCUGCUGGAAGGUGAACCUCCGUCCCAGUCUCAAAUCUCUGGCUUUUUUCUGCCAACUCUUCCGUAAAGCCCAGCUCUGUGGAGUGUACGGCUUAAAGUGGUCCUAUGGACAGAUACUCCAAUCUCCGCUGUGGUGCUUUGCAGCUCCUUCAGGGUUAUCUUUGGUCUCUUUGUUGCCUCUCUGAUUAAUGCCCUCCUUGCCUGGUCUGUGAGUUUUGGUGGGCGGCCCUCUCUUGGCAGGUUUGUUGUGGUGCCAUAUUCUUUCAAUUUUUCCAUAAUGGAUUUAAUGGUGCUCCGUGGGAUGUUCCAAGUUUCUGAUAUUUUUUUAUAACUCAACCCUGAUCUGUACUUCUCCACAACUUUGUCCCUGACCUGCUUGGAGAGCUCCUUGGUCUUCAUGGGGCCGCUUGCUUGGUGGUGCCCCUUGCUUAGUGGUGUUGCAGACUCUGGGGCCUUUCAGAACAGGUGUAUAUAUACUGAGAUCAUGUGACAGAUCAUGUGACACUUAAAUAAAGUCCACCUGUGUGCAAUCUAACUAAUUAUGAGACGUCUGAAGGUAAUUGGUUGCACCAGAUCUUAUUUAGGGGCUUCAUAGGAAAGGGGGUGAAUACAUAUGCACACACCACUUUUCCGUUAUUUAUUUUGUAGAAUUCUUAGAAAAAAAUAAAAAUAUUUUCACUUCACCAAUUUGGACUAUUUUGUGUAUGUACAUGACAUGAAAUCCAAAUAAAAAUCAAUUUAAAUUACAGGUUGUAGUGCAACAAAAUAGGAAAAAUGCCAAAGAGGAUGAAUACUUUUGCAAGGCACUGUAUAGCUAUUCCUAUUUCUAUAUAAAAGUGUUCUCUAUGCAGGAUCUGUUGGUACUGGCUUUUAAGUCCCAGACUAGGCUUAAUCUGAGUCCAGUAAACUGACCCAGUGUAGUAUAAUUUUUUUACUUUGUUAUUCAUAUCCUUUUUUUUCUUUCUUGCCUCUCCCUCCCUCAGUGGCGUGGCGAGCGGUGACUGACGGCGUCCUGGAGGCCCGAGCAGGGUUCCAUUUGAAGGCUUUGCCCCUUGGAGGAGUGAGCGGGGCGCGGGUUCUGGGCCUGCUCCACGACGCUGUCAUCUUCAUACUGGAGCAGCUGCAGGGCGCCGCCGGGUGUAAACAACAUCGCUUUCGCUUCCACCGCUACGACACCCUCGACGACGAGCUGCCCAUCAACCCCAGCGGCUGUGCCCGCGCCGAGGUCUACUCGCGGUAAGAACCAAGCACUGAUGUCUGUGGUUAAAAUAGGCAUGUUGAGGACCGAGUCAUCUCGCCAUAAGAUCGCCAUAAUUUUAUCCCUUAAUUGAAUGUAGAGGUUAUUUUCAUUUUUAAGCUUACUGUCAGAAAAUGUAAAGUCAUUGAAUCUGAAUGUUGUAGCCUGAAUCCUACAUCUCCUGCAUUUAGAAGAUGAAAUGACUGCAGCUAUAACAAAUUCCCUCUCUGCCUCUGUUCCCUCACAGGAAGUCAACCUUCGACAUGUUCAACUUCUUGGCAUCUCAACACAGACAGCUGCCUGACAUCAUGUCGACGCCAUGUGACGAGGAGGAUGACGAUGUCCCACUGAAAUCCACUAGGUUAGACAACUCCACAAUUACCAUUGAGUUAAUACGUAAAAAUGUAUGCACACAUGACUGUAAGUCGCUUUGGAUAAAAGCGUCUGCUAAAUGGCAUAUUAUAUUAUUAUUUAUGGUGUAUCUUUAUUAUUGUUCGUUUUUUUCUGAGUGAAAUAAGUUCUAACCUACUGUAUUCUCCAUGUUCCUAUCUAAUAGACGAGCCACCAGCACAGAGCUUCCCAUGGCUAUGCGCUUCAGACACCUGGAGAAGACCUCCAAGGAAGCAGUAGGGGUUUACAGGUAAAUAAGAGAUAAUAUUAUACUAUUCAUAUUAUUACUAUUAUGAUUACUUUGUUUUUUAGGGUAAAAUACUUCAUACUUACUAUUUUUCUCUUUCACUCUUUCUUUGAUAUUUUCCUUAUCCUAGGUCUGAAAUUCACGGACGUGGUCUGUUCUGCAAGAGGAACAUUGAGGCAGGGGAGAUGGUGAUCGAGUACGCAGGCAACGUCAUCCGUGCUGUUCUCACAGACAAGAAAGAGAAAUACUAUGACAGCAAGGUUGGUCAACAAAAUCAAUGGAGUGAUCAAGGUCUCAUCAGCAAUGCAUCUCAUUUAGGAAAAUACAGCAAUGCAAAAAAUACAGCAAUCCAUCUAAUUUCAGAAAAUACAAUGCAAAAAAAUACAGCAAUGCAUCUUGUUUCAGAAAAUAAAACAAUACAAAAAAUACAGCAAUGCAUCAAAUUUCAUUCAAUAACUAAAUAUAUUUUUACCAUUUGCGAUAAUACAGUUUAAUCUGCACGCUUAGAUUUUUUACAUGUAUUCAUGAUGUGCGGCUUAUAGUGUGUGUCUUGUGUAUUUAUAGUAUAUUUAUUGGUGUUUUUAUAGCUGGUGCAAACAUUUCCCCUUUGGGUUUUUAAUUAAAUAUUAUCUUUGGCUUCUAAAACCCUCUUAUCUCCUCGUCAGGGCAUCGGCUGUUACAUGUUCCGCAUUGAUGACUUUGAUGUGGUUGACGCCACCAUGCACGGCAACGCCGCCCGUUUCAUCAACCACUCGUGCGAGCCCAACUGCUAUUCACGUGUCAUCCUCGUGGACAGCCACAAGCACAUUGUCAUCUUCGCCCUGCGUAAGAUCUACCGCGGCGAGGAGCUCACCUAUGACUACAAGUUCCCCAUCGAGGAUGACGGCAGCAAGCUGCACUGUAACUGUGCCGCCAGGCGCUGCCGCCGCUUCCUCAACUAG